AUGGAAAGGGGUGGAGACAACUAUAGAGAGAAGGGUAAGGGUGGGAAAAGCCAUGGCCAGAAGGCCGACCAGCUCUUGAGGAAUAUGGACCCAAUGCAAGACCCGUGCGAGAAUUUCUAUGAGUAUGCGUGCGGUGGUUGGUUAAAGGACAACAUCAUUCCCGAGGAGGAUUUUAUUUAUUCAACGUUUAGCGGCUUAAAAUUGCAGCUGGAGAAGGAUUUAAAGACCAAUCGGCUGUUGACAUUCAUAAACCCGGAUGUGGAUCCGUGUUCGGAUUUCUACGAGUACGUCUGCGGCGGUUGGUCACGGACGACGGUUAUACCGGAUGACCUGACCAGCCAUUCGCUCAUCGUAGAGAUGAGUGAACAGAAUACGCUGAAAGUAUUGAAAGCGGAGUUGGAGGAGGAGAACGAUCACUGGAGCAACUCUACGGACAUGUCACGUGACAUGUAUGCCGCCUGCAUGGACACGGAUGCGAUCAACGCAAAGCAGGAGGCGCCACUUGUUGACUUCAUGGCGAUGUUCGGCGGCUGGCCGAUGGUGACCCCGGACUGGAACGAGAGCGCCUUCGAUCCGUUUGCCGUGCUGGGGAAGCUGAGGAACGUUGGCUUCGAGAUUCUUCUGCUGAUGAACGUCAUGCCGGACAGCUACAACUCCUCCAUCAAUAUACUCUACCUAGAUCAGCCAACGCUUGGCUUGUCGGCCAGAGAUUACUACCUAAAGCCAGAGAACGACAAGUACGUACAGGCGUAUCGCGUCUACAUGAGGACGUCGGCCAUGUUGCUGAACACAGCCGCCAUCGACGAAGCCGCCAUUAGCAAGGCAGUCGAUGACGUCAUUGCGUUUGAAACUCGCAUCGCAGAAAUUGACUGGGACACGUACCUGGCUCACGCUCUGCCCGCCGACUUGAAGUUAGAACCGCAGGAGAAGAUCAUAUUAAAGCAACCGGAGUUCUUCAAGGCUUUCAAUGAAAUGCUGAUCCAGGGCGUUUCGGCCGAGGUGAAAGCUAAUUACGUGAUGUGGCGCGUAGUGCAGAGCACAGCGUGGAAUCUGGAUAAACGCUUCCGUGAUGCCGCCUUCGAAUACAAUAUGGUUGUCAGCGGCGUGCAGUCUCCGAAAGCAAGAUGGCGUGACUGUGUCACUGUCGUGCAGAGCAAGCUGGGCAUGGCCGUCGGCUACAUCUACAUCAAGGCCGUGUUUCCCGAAGCCUACAAGGCAGAGGCAGAAAAGAUGAUAUCCUACAUACGAUCAGCAUUCAAGGAGAUCGUUGAAGAACUAGACUGGAUGACUGACCCGACAAAGAAAGUAUCACAGGAGAAGGUUGACGCUAUCGUUGAGCACAUUGGUUAUCCUGAUUACAUAACCGACCCUGUCACCUUGGACGCAGAGUAUGAAGGGUUGAGUGUGUCUGGAGACCACUUCGACAACAUCAUCAAGUAUAGUCAGUGGUCUUCUCUGCUAUACAUGACGCAGCUUCGCAAGCCCGUGGAUGAGUCUAAGUAA